AAUAACAUGACUGCCGUUAGCAUGCCUUCAGUAAAUGGUUGCUAGCUGUACACUUAUAACUGCGUAAAACCAGUAAACAAACGCGAGUGAAAUGGUAUCGGUAUAGAUUAUAGACUGCCAAUGUUAAACGCUUCCAGUACCGGUACCGUACCCUGGUACAUUAGCGCCGCAGUUAGCGCGCAUAUUUCACAGGCUGGAAGAAUGUCAUGGUCUAGGAGAGACGCCAGCGGAAACGCCACGCCCAAUAAAAUUUUAAUGUGCGAUUAUCAAAAACUUUGACCAUGUUUAUCGUCAUGAAAAUAUUGAAGAAUAUCUAGAAAACACUCUAUAUAUAAAACUGCCCACGUUUACAACAAAAGAUAAAUAGAAAAUAACAAAUUUCUGCUCUGGUGAUCACAUUCCCCAUAAGAGCCAAUGUUGGAAUUGUUUUGUUCAUGUCUCUUAUUUUUGCGCGUAGGAUGAUUUUGAAUGACUAAGGUCUGUUAGGCCGUUAUCUUUGUUUCCCGCAAAACUACCUUUUAUAAUUCGUUCUGUGGGUGGGUGAGAAUACGUAUUUUAAUGUACAAAGUAGCUAUGUCCGAGGACACUUUAGGUAACCGCGGCCAUGCUGAGUGGCGGAUCAUGCUAAGCGUUAAGAAUACGCUUAACGUCGCAUCUACGAUUAUCCCGCGUGGGUUCGCAGGUUCGGAUCCCGUGGGAGAUGAUAAAUUGCGAUAGGAUCGCUGACAGCUUCUUCCCACCACGCAUACCCGCCAUGAACUGGCAACCAUAUAACUAAGCUGGGUUUUUGCAGCAUUUGGACAUUUAUAAGUCAUCAGCUUUAUCAAGUCAGUACUCAGCGGCCAGCACAUCAAAAAGGCCGUAACGGAGGCCUAGCGGCUUUAUUCCCAGAUUAGAAUAUUCAUAUGAGGCAAAUAAGGUAACGUCGUCAUAUUUAACGAAUCGUGGUGAAACAAGAAAAUACCAUUUUGUUGGUGGCGCUGCCAAAGUGGCAUAUUCACCAAAAAGAAAUAUGGAGGAGUUGGCAAAAAGUAGGAACGAAAAUUUGAGAAAACGCUGUGGAUCCAGGUUUUACAAUGGAACAAUCAAGUCCGGAACAUGGGACUCUCUGCCCCCACUUUGUAAACCAAAACUCUAUUACUCUGAUAAACAUAAGCUGAUUGCAUGUACGAUCCCAAAGAGUGGAAGUACAAGUUGGAGAAAAGCUUUACUUAUUUCAGAUGGUGUCGUAAAUGCGUCUUCGCCGGAGGAGAUCGCACAAGAAGAUGCUUUCAAAUUAGGAAUGAAAAAAAGAUAUUUGUGGCUACACUUCAAAAAUAAUUCGACACGGACUAGAGCAGAAAUAAACAAGCGACUGAAUGAAUAUUACCGAAUCAUUGUUGUCCGAGAGCCACUUGAACGUAUCGUUUCAGCAUAUCUUGAUAAGAUAGUUCACGGUAGAAAAAAAUAUGCUAGAAUAGCCCUUUCCAUGCACAAUGGAACUGGUAGUCAUGCAACAUUCGAAGAAUUUGUUGAUUCAAUUAUAAAUAAACCUUCAACCACUUACGACACUCACUGGGAUUUAUAUGAAAGCAUAUGUGAUCCAUGUCGAUUGCAAUAUAACUAUAUUGUCAAGCUGGAGACGAUGUCACAAGAUGCGAAAUAUGUGUCUAAAAUAACAGGGAUCGACAGCCAUCUUUUAACUUCAAUUAAAUCAGAUGAAAAAAUACCGUUGCUGAAACACAAAUGGAAAACGGAAUAUCAGGAGUACUUGGAAAGCCUUCCAAAGGACAAAUUGAUGAAACUGUUCAAUAUUUAUUCUAGAGAUUAUGAAUUAUUUGGUUAUUCUAUACCACAGUUUGUGUUAUCUUCGAAAAAUAAAAAUUAAUCUAAAAGCAUUCAAACCUCACGGUUCUGACAAAGUUUUAAUAAAUUCUAUAUUAAAUUAUUCUGCUUGUUUGUCAAAGUCUUAUCAUAGCCUGAGGGAUGGUAGAACAGGUAUUGGAGCAUUCUGUGUGGUUAAAAUAAAAUCUUCCGAUUCAAAACUGUAAUUUAUCGCGUUCAGAUAAUGCCUUGUAUUAUGUACUAAUAAAAAGAUGUCCAAACGAGGGUGCUCCUGAAGUAUUCCUACCAAGAUGGUACACAACCUGAACAUAGUAUGAGUACCAGCUCAGGGUUGUUCAGGCUGUGCGUCAUCUUAGUACGAAUACUUCCGGAGCGCCCGAACGAGAAAGAUUUUUGAAUGUGUAAUACCCCUUUUAUCAGUUUCAGGUUUUUGUCUAUAAUGUCAAUUCGCUUUGCUUUAGACCUCAUUUUUCAUAUUAAUGUAACAAUAUUCUUAUAUGUAAACUUUUGUUGGGUACAAAUAUUUAACUCGGUAAAGUUAGCGGUUCCGAAUCAACUUCGAAUUAAAUUUAGCCCAGCAUUUACGAGUGUUAGAUGCCCUAACCACAUGCGCCACAAAGCCUCUUUACGACACUGCAUUCAAACGGCAGGGAAAUCCUUAAGGGAAAACCUGAUAGAAUGUUACACUUUAUAUGUAAACUUUUGUUGGGUACAAAUAUUUGACUCGAUAAGUACUCGGUUUCAAAUCAACUUCGUAUUAAAUUUAGCCCAGCUUUUACCGUGUUUCCCCGAAAAUGAGACCUACCCUGGAAAACAAGACCUAGCCUGCAUUUUAAAAAUGAUUUUAAUAUAAGCCCUCCCCUUAAAAUAAGACCUAGUUCAUAACGCAAAUUUUGUUUUUACUUAGUUGAUAGCAAUAAAUCUCGACUACUCGUUUUUAAUGAUUGAUGAUCUAUGUUUUGCAGUUAUUUUGCAUAAAAAUGUGUUACUUAUAAGUAAUUGGAUAUCGGUUUUAAUAUUUUGUAUAUAUAUUUGAAAAUGUAUUGA